UGGGGAUGAUUGGGACGUUAAGGAAGGAAGUGGGAAGUUGCUUCUGUCGGCAUCAGCUGCUGCUGCAGUUAGGAACUUAUACCCGAGGAGAGACCCUCAGUAGCCUGUCUCCUCCCCAGAGUGGAGGUCUGUCCAUGGGGAAGAGCUGCAAAGUGGUUGUGUGUGGCCAGGCAUCGGUGGGGAAGACCUCGAUCCUAGAACAGCUGUUGUAUGGUAACCAUGUAGUAGGUUCUGAGAUGAUUGAAACCCAGGAAGACAUCUAUGUGGGUUCCAUUGAGACUGACCGAGGUGUGAGGGAGCAGGUGAGAUUCUAUGACACCCGGGGCCUGCGAGAUGGGGCAGAACUUCCCAGGCACUGUUUCUCCUGUACAGACGGCUAUGUCCUCGUCUAUAGCACUAACAGCCGAGAGUCCUUCCAGAGAGUCGAACUGCUCAAGAAGGAGAUUGAUAAAUCGAAGGACAAGAAGGAGGUCACCAUUGUGGUCCUUGGCAACAAAUGUGACCUCCAGGAGCAGCGUCGAGUGGACCCCGAUGUAGCCCAGCACUGGGCCAAGGUGGAGAAGGUGAAACUGUGGGAAGUGUCUGUGGCCGACCGCCGCUCUCUCCUCGAGCCCUUCGUCUACUUGGCCAGCAAGAUGACUCAGCCCCAAAGCAAGUCAGCCUUCCCACUCAGCCGUAAAAACAAGGGCAGUGGCUCCUUGGAUGGCUGAGGCUUUCCUUCUCACCCACCCACCCCCUGCCUCAGCCCCACCCUAUCCCAAUCCUACCCUCCCCCCCAACUCCUUGGGGUUUCAGGUAAUUGGGGAAAUGGGGGGGGGGCAGAGUAAGAUGGGCUUCCUGAAGUCAGCCUGGCAGAGGGCCACAGUGGUAGGUCACUGGGAAACAUCCUGAGUCUCAUCUCAUUCCAUUGCUUCUCUUCCUUGGAGAGGAGUCGAAAUAGUGCAUGUUACUCCACAGCCCACCACCUCACUCCCCCUCACCCCCUAUACUGUUGCUAUCAGGCUGAAAUCCAGUUUGAGAGCUGGCAGUGCCAGGAGAUAGCCAGUUGAUUGUGGUCCCAUGUAAAAGGCCUCCAACAACUCCCAAGUCAUGGCCCUUGGAAAAAGAUAAUCAAGCAGAGAGAUUGGCAUUCGAGGGAAAGGGAAGGAAGUCCUCCCUAUCUCAGGAGGUGUCUCCAGUUCACUUGUGUUCUUCCCCUAAGAAGAGCCCAAGCCGCUGGAGAAACAGAAACUUCUCACUGAGUUACCUUUCCCCCUCCGGCUUAUUCUAUUUUUUCCUGCCCAGGGUGUAUGGCCAUGAUAUAGUAUAAAGGACCCUCCACGGUGGGGGCAGGGUCCAGUCUCAACUGUCUUCACUUACUAGCAAAGUGAUUUGGGACAAGGGACAUUUCCUUUCUGGGCCUCAGCUUCCUUCCCUAUAAAGAUGAAAGAGUCAAGACUAAAUGAUUUCUAAACUCCUUCCGUUUAGACUCCUUUGCCUUUCCAGGCCUCUAGUUGUCUUCACCUAUUAAAGUGCUCCAUUUGUCCUUCAGCCACCAGGGGGCAGGAGCACACAGUCUAUGUCAACUACUUUGAGGGCCCUCAUGGUGGAGGGGAGGGCUCUCCCAGUAAUCCGGACUGCUAUAGACAGGGACAAAGUUUUCUGAACCUCCUCCUAUCCUGGGGGGAUAGAUUUAUGGCUUCUUAAAGGCUCCCCUUCUCCCCACUCUGGGUUUUUUUUUUAAGUUAAUAACAACCUUCAUCUAUAGCCAUCCUAACCUCCUAUAAUGAAGAAUAUAUAUGGCACCUCCCUCAUAUCUCAUGGGGCCUGGAAGGACAAAGCAGACCAGUAGAAGCCCGUCAAUGGCUCAUCAUCCACUUAGCAUGUGUUUGUGAAUAUAUGUGACAUUCUAUAAUGUAUUAUGUGCUCCUGCUGACAUCAGACACCCCUUUCCUAACAUGAAGACACGUAUCAGAUGAAAGAAUCACCUUAGGGUACUUUUGCAGCCUCCUUGCCCAUUCCCAGAGCAUCUUCCCCAACCCAGAGGAAAACAGAACAGGGGACUUGGUGGGGCAGAAGUUAACACAAAUACACCACUAAACUCCA